AGAAGAUUGUGUAAGACAAGUCACAAAAUCUAAAAAUGUAUAUAAAAAUAAGAAAUAAAAAAAACAAAAAAAAUACAAUUGACCCCAUGUGGAAAUCUACAGUAGUUUCUGGUGUCCCUUCCCUGUCUAUUAAUUCAACCAGAUAUCCCCUAUAAGUAGCCACUGUGUUAUUAUACCUUUACAUUAACUCCUUCCUCUUGUACACAUAUGUAAUGUUAUACUAUUUGAUUCAAUGUUUUGACCACAAUGCAAUCCAACCUGACAACCAUGAGAUAUUUCAUCAUUACGGGGAUAUCUGAGGACCCUCAGCUUCAACUUCCGAUCUUCCUCCUGGUUCUCCUGAUUUAUCUCUUCAUCCUAUCUGGUAACAUGACCAUUCUCAUUGCUUGUCAGGACCCUCGUCUCCACACCCCCAUGUACUUCUUCCUGGGUAACUUGUCCAUACUGGACAUGAGUUGUUCCACCGUUACUUUACAUAAGAUCCUUUUAUGUUUCAUUGCUGGUGACAGAACUGUUUCCUUCACUGCUUGCAUGGUGCAGAUACAUAUGUUUGGCUCCUUAGCUGGCGUUAACCUGUUGAUAUUGAUGGCCAUGGGUUAUGACCGCUAUGUGGCCAUCUGUAGGCCCUUACGAUAUCACAUGGUUAUGAGUCCUGGAGUAUGUGUUACAUUGGCCUCUGUUUGUUGGGUUUUAGGCUUUUUACAAGUCACUCCUUUCACUGUUAUCAUUUGUGGCUUCUCUUGCUAUUCCUCCAAUGAGAUCAACCACUUCUUCUGCGACAUCGUUCCCGUCAUGAAAAUUUCUUGCAAUGACACUUCAUUUCUGGAGACCCUCUUCUUCAUCGAGGGGCUUCUUACCAUGAUCCUGAUGCCAUUUCUUUUAACGUUUGCCUCUUACAUAUUUAUAAUAAAUGCCAUAAUAAGGAUAGGUACCAGUUCUGGAAGACUGAAGGCCUUCUACACAUGUUCCUCACACCUCACGGUGGUCACGUUGCUAUACAUGACACUUUUUGGACAAUAUCUGACCCCAAACCUAAGCGGCACCUUGGAGUCCAAGAAACUUUUUGCUCUCUUUAACACGGCCGCUGUUCCUCUGCUCAAUCCAGUGAUCUACAGCCUGAAGAAUAAAGAUGUGAAAAGGGCUUUAAAAAAUGAUUCUGUGCCAGGCCAAACCCCAGGAAAAAAGUUUGGUUACUUAGAUGGUCCAUCGAAUUGAACCUUUUCAAGGCUUCAAUGUUUAAACCAGAUAAAGGCAAAAGAAAGUCA